AUGGAUGAGGAAGUGACCUUAAUGGAUUGGGGGAAUGCAAUUGUAAAAGAAAUUAGAAAGGGCCAAGAUGGGUAUGUCACGCAUUUAGCUGGGGUUUUGCAUCUUGAGGGAUCUGUUAAGACCACAAAGUUGAAGCUCACCUGGCUGCCGGACAUAAGUGAACUUGUAACACUCUCUUUUGUAGAGUUCGACUAUUUAAUUUCAAAGAAGAAGCUCAAAGAAGAUGAGGAUUUCCUUGAUGUACUUAACCCAUGUACGAAAAAGGAAACUGUAGCCCUUGGAGAUUCAAAUUUGCGGAGCUUGAAGCAUGGAGAAAUACUGCAGCUGGAGAGGAAAGGCUACUUUAGAUGUGACGUUCCCUUCAUGAGGCCUUCAAGGCCCACAGUUUUAUUUGCUAUUCCAGAUGGGAGGCAGCAAACUGGAUCGAAAAAAUUUAGCCGUUGUGUUUCGCUCAAAGAAGAUGAGGAUUUCCUUGAUGUACUUAACCCAUGUACGAAAAAGGAAACUGUAGCCCUUGGAGAUUCAAAUUUGCGGAGCUUGAAGCAUGGAGAAAUACUGCAGCUGGAGAGGAAAGGCUACUUUAGAUGUGACGUUCCCUUCAUGAGGCCUUCAAGGCCCACAGUUUUAUUUGCUAUUCCAGAUGGGAGGCAGCAAACUGGAUCGAA